CUGGACAUCGCCACGGAGGUGAUUGCCGAAAACCUGGGAAAGAGCUGGCACAAACUGGGCCGCAAGCUGCGUCUGGGCGGGGUCAAGCUCGAGUCCAUCGCCAACAGACACCCCACCGACCUGGAGGAGACGGCGGUGGAGCUGCUGAAGGAGUGGAGGAAAAGCCAGGGGGCCGGGGCCCGAACGGGCCAGCUGAUAAGAGCUUUGAAGGACUGCCAGUUCAACCUGACGGCCGAUAAGGUGGAGGAAGCCCUGCACAGCCAGGGCCUCUGA